GUCAUGUUUGCGUGAGUUCCUAAAUACAAGUUUGGUGAAGACAUACAAGUACAACGCCUUUCAGAUGUCGCGCCCACAACAAGACGAGCUACGGGGUAAGUGGCUUGAAGGCCGGCCACACCAUUUCAAGAACACAGUGCCGCUGUUGCAGAAGGCCGUCGGAUAUGCAUUGCAAAAGUGCUACUCUGGUAGUAGUCGAAUUUUGAAAGACGUCAAACCUGCUCCGCGUGACGCAUGGAAAAAUUUGUUGUGGUGAAUUAAUGCCGAGGGGGCCAGUUUUGUCAUGCUUUCUUGCAACCAGAAGGCAAGUCUUCCUUAACCAGAAGUCAAGUCAAGUCGUCCUCAAGCUCAAGCACGCAUUCGAUAUUAACUUUUGUAUUGCAUAUCGAACCGCGAGAGAAAAAAUUCCGUGGCAUGCGGGACAUCGGGAACUACAACAGCGAAAGGACGUAG